AUGGUUUCUGUGUUGUGGCUUGUUUGUGCAACACUCGUUGUGCAAGUAACCCUUGGGUGUCCAAACGGCUGGGAAACGUUUGAUGGCUCCUGUUACUUCGUGUCCGACAUCAGGGAAGAUUGGCCAACAGCAUCGUCAACAUGUGGAUUGUAUCAUGCCCAUCUUGCUGAAAUUGAAAGCGCAAGGGAGGACACUUUUCUUAAACAAAUAAUCUCGAAAUAUCAUGAUGGCCACUCGAAUGAUGCUGAAUAUUGGUUAGGCGGGGCGGACAUAUUUGUGGAAGGUGACUGGCGAUGGGUAUACUCUGACCAGCUUUUCAGCUACACAAACUGGUACCCAGGCGAACCAAACAGCUACCAUAACCAACAAGAAGAUUGUUUGAUUGUUGCAAUAAGGCAAAAUCGAGAGUAUCGAUGGGAUGAUCGACCGUGCAAAGAACAAAAUAACUUCAUUUGUGAGAUCGGUGACAGUUCUGGAGCAAUCGUGAUUGGCUGA